CUCAUCCCCGAUGUCUCAUCGCACCCCCAUCCGCUUCGACUACCCCGGAGCCAGCCAAGGUCGUCGCCUUCCCACUCCGUGGCUCGCCCAACAAGCUCAAUCCAAUGGCGACCGCGUGCUCGCCGCUCUCGCUUCCGUCCACCUCCCUCCUCCAGAGGUCCGCCCGCGCCGGCGCUGCCCGCCGGUCGCUCCCCUCCGUCCGCUGCAGCGCCGUCGGAGAGGCUGUUGCGGAGGCAGCAGUGGCCGGGACGGCGGAGGAGCCGCUGCUGGUGAGUGCGAUCAGGGGGAAGAAGGUGGAGAGACCGCCGGUCUGGCUCAUGAGGCAGGCUGGGAGGUACAUGAAGAGCUAUCAAAAUCUCUGUGAGCGUUAUCCUUUGUUCCGUGAAAGAUCAGAAAAUGUUGACCUUGUUGUUGAGAUCUCUCUGCAACCAUGGAAGGUUUUCAAGCCUGACGGAGUUAUCUUAUUCUCAGAUAUCCUUACUCCACUUCCCGGGAUGAACAUACCUUUUGACAUCGUGAAAGGGAAAGGUCCAGUCAUAUAUGAUCCAUUGAGAACAGCAGCGGCUGUUAAUGAAGUCAGAGAAUUUGUUCCAGAAGAGUGGGUCCCUUAUGUAGGGCAGGCUUUAAAUACACUGCGGGAAGAGGUUAAGAAUGAAGCUGCUGUGCUUGGUUUUGUUGGAGCUCCCUUUACGUUGGCAUCUUAUUGUGUGGAAGGAGGUUCAUCAAAGAACUUCUCGAAGAUUAAGAAAAUGGCGUUCGCAGAGCCAGCGAUUCUACAUAAUUUGCUACAGAAAUUUACAACCUCCAUGGCUAACUACAUUAAAUAUCAAGCGGACAAUGGCGCACAAGCUGUCCAAAUUUUUGACUCAUGGGCAACAGAACUCAGCCCGGUUGAUUUUGAGGAGUUUAGCUUGCCAUAUCUGAAGCAAAUUGUGGAUUCUGUCAAGGAAACACAUCCUGACUUACCUCUGAUAUUAUAUGCAAGUGGAUCGGGUGGAUUGCUUGAAAGGCUUCCGUUGACAGGUGUUGAUGUUGUUAGUUUGGACUGGACGGUUGAUAUGGCUGAGGGCAGGAAAAGAUUAGGAUCCAACAUAGCAGUUCAAGGGAAUGUAGACCCUGGUGUUCUUUUUGGGUCGAAAGACUUCAUCAGCAAGCGAAUUUAUGACACUGUGCAGAAGGCUGGUAAUGAAGGACAUGUAUUGAACCUUGGUCAUGGUAUUAAGGUGGGGACUCCUGAGGAAAAUGUUGCCCAUUUCUUUGAGGUUGCAAAAGGGAUCAGAUACUGAAAUACCUAGUUGAAUUUGUCCCAUUCUACCAAUCGGCAGAAGUUGUAGAUUCCACUGCUCGAGAAUAGAUGGAAGCACAUGUCUAGCAUAGGGUACCUGAAGAACACAUCAUUUUAUGAAUGCUUCCUUGUUCUUCUUUCAAUAUCCAUUUCAUUGUAAUCUUGUAAGCAUAUACUAAUUGAGGUGUAAGAAAGUGAUUGCUUGUUUAUACCAUGUGUACUGUAGUCUUAUUUCCUAGUCAAAAUCAGCAAUUUAUAUUUUUGUAAGAAAAACACAUCUGAAAAAUGUAAGCUGCAAGUUCACUUUAUUUUUC